UUUCCGCCUGCUUCCACGUCUCCUCCUCCUCCUUGAGCUCCUUGUAUUUUCUUUUUCUCUUCUUCCCUUUACACGCGACAACGAAGAAAGAAACGACAUAAAAGGCAACGACAAAACGCAUUAAUUUUCUUUGUAUUAAUUUUUUCCCCUCUCAACUUGUAUAAAUCGCCGCCGCCGCACACUCAUUGAUAACCCCGGCACACGCAUCAAGCCACGACCAAGGAGCUCUCACUCUUUUUUUCCCGCUUCCCCUUUCCGGCUGCAGCAUCCUCGUGUUCAACUGCAUCACCAUCCUCUGCCCAACCAGCAGCACGCACACGCCAACGACGACUGCACGGCGAAUCGAAGCAGAAAACAGGCGUCGCCAUCUCUCACCCAACCCUCCAAUCACCACCUACAGUAAUCCCGACUGAUUUAUUAUACCCUCCAAGAUGCAGUCCCAGCGGGGCUAUUCUAUGCGCCGCUCCCCGACAGAAGACCCUGGCCCAGCUCCCAACAAUGGCCCAAUGUCGCCUCCUCAGGGUGUCCAGCCCAGAGCGUCCAUCUCCUCUGUUAGGUCCUCUACGCAAGGAGGCAGCGUAAGGAAGUCGACGCGUGAAAGCUCGAGUGGUUCAAGCUCGGUGCCCCUCUCGCAGAUAGAAAAGAGCGUCACGCACCUCCUAGUCGCCACGAAGCAACUGCUCGAAACACUCACGCAAUGGUCCCGCGGCCAGGCUACCGACACGCAGGUCUCCGACGUCUACGUCCGCCUCGGAUACGAGUUCAACAUGGCUUGCCGAGCCUUCACAGCCAUCAAUGUCGACACAUCCGAUCUUGGAAACGUUCCCGAUCUCUUGCGCAGUAUCCUCGAGGCUACUCUCAGCCAAGAGGCAAGCUCCGAGAGCUUGGAAAAGUACCUGCCUAGAAUACGAGACAUCAUCAUCAAUCUUCUUCACGGCCUGAAACGAAAACAGCAACGAUUACGACAGAGACAAGGUCGCGAGCGCGAGGGCCAGGGGCUACCCGAACGAUCGACCAGCGUCAGCACAGUCACAAGUAGCGGCAGCAACGGCUUAACGAGUAUGAUUAACGAUGGCAUCGAUGCCGGCAGCCAUGCCCAAGAUGGCCGCAGACCCGAACCGACCAUGAACAACUCACCCACCCGAAAGCCCGUAUCGAGAGAGUCGUCGCAACCAAAGCUCCCCGGCGAGCUGCCAGGUCAAGAUGCUCAGUUGCCAUACCCUCCGGACAAUGGUGGCAUGUCUACCAGCACGACAGCUUCCUCGCUGCUCGACGUCAACCCCGAUUCCUUCCCGCCGCCACCACCCGAUCCUCAACAAUCUAGCGCCAUGGCUGCUCUACAAAAGGGAGGCGAUUUGGAGCGACGCGCUUCUCGAAGAUACUCUCAAUACCAAAUCUCUAAGCACCUGGGUGCAUCCGGAAGCGGAGUGCCCAUCCUGCCACCUCAAAAUUCACCAAUUCCUAAUCGCGGCCGUAAAGAGGCGCGCGAGUCGCUUCGUGCCGUCCAGAAGCGAGAAUCGGUUAGGCACAGCAGGACUCCUUCGAAGCUGGCGUCGUCGCCCAUGCGCGCACCAGAGACUGCCUUUGAGCAACCAGCUGCUAGCGAUGAGCAGCGGAAUAUGAGCCCCGAGGGUCGAUCGCCUGACAAAUAUGUACCAUCUGCUACCAUUUCUGGACCUCUCACAGACCCUUCCAUGUACAUGGACGACAACAAGCCCUCUGACGGCGACUCGAAAACCGAUGUCAAGCAAUCGAAUCGUUCGGAUGUGAAGCCCGGCGAAGCGUAUUUCCAAGUAUCCCCCCCGCCGACGCCGACAAAGGAUCUGACACUGUUCCUGCAAUACAAAUCAAAGAUUAAGAAGAUUGUGCUGCCUGAGGGCAGAGAUGAGCUUUCCUUGGGCCGUCUUCAGCUGGCCUUUAUUGAGAAGUUUUCAUGGAAUACGCAACAAAAUGGAACCGACUUGCCCGAGAUUUAUAUCCAGGAUCCAGUGUCUGGCGUCCGCCAUGAGCUGGAAGACUUGAGCGACAUCAAGGAUAGAACCGUCCUGGUUUUGAAUGUUGAGGCUCUGGACGAGGUCAAGAAGCACUUUGACGACGGACUAUCGACUCUUACGACAAUGGUGAAGCAGAUGAAGCAAAACUACGACGACCAAGCUGCCACGCUGCAGCGGGUAUCUGAGCGUCAGCAGCAACAGUCCAACGAUAUGGCGCGCUUGGCUACAGCAUCACCAGCCACAGUACCAUCUAGCGACAGUUCGCGAUCCAUUAACAGCGGACCCAAGCUGGCUGCUGGCCAUCUGACGGAAAUCCAGACCCUGCGACGAGACAUUGCCGUUUUGCGCCAGACCUACUCGACCUUCCAGUCCGACAUCCAGUCGUCCAUGUCUGGUAUCCGCCAAAAGGCCGCUGCUGUCAAAACUGCCGCCUCCAAAGCUGCUGCGCCCAACAUUGACGGUGACGCUGGCUACUCGUACGUCACCAAUGGCCGCAAGAAGCUCAACACGGAUUCCGACCACCUCGUCGGUAAGGUCGAUGAUCUACAAGAUCUCAUUGAAGACUUGCGCAAGGAUCUCGCCCAGCGCGGCGUGCGCCCUCUUCCCCGCCAGAUCGCCUCUGUCAACAAGGACAUCGAGGAGAUAAACAAGGAGCUCACGCGCAUGGAGCAGUACAUGACCAAUGAGAAGCCCAUAUGGACCAAGAUCUGGGAGAAGGAGCUGGAAGAUGUGUGCCAGGGCCGCGACGAGCUGCGCCUUAUGGAGGAUCUACUCGUCGACUUGCGCGACGAUCUCGACAAGGCCUCGGAGACAUUCACACUCGUCGAGCAAGCCAGCAAGGAGCACCUUAAGGAUCCCUCUGCCGGUGGCGGCGGCCGCUCAUUCUCCAAGGGCCUCGCCAACUUAGGUAACAGCAUCGACCAGGGCGCCGCCAAGGAAGACAUGCUCGGUGAAGUGCGCGCACUGCAGCCCAACCACGAAGACCGUCUCGAAGCGAUUGAGCGCGCCGAGAAGCUGCGCCAAAAGGAGCUGCUGAACCGCAAGGGCAACCCGAUGCAGCGCGAAAUUGAAGAGUUUGUCGGCGAAGGCAAGCUGAAGAAGUCUGGCGGCUUUGAAGAAGUCGAGCGCACGCGCGUAGCCAUGGACGAGAAGAUUCGUAAGGAGGUCUGGGACCGCAUGAACGGUCUGCUACCCGAGGAUGGGGAGGAGUUUGAGGAGGAAGAAGAAGAGGAAGAGGAAGAAGAAGGCGAGGAGGAGUUUGAAGAGGCGUCCGAGCAUCCGGGCGAGCAUCACUAACGAGGGAGGGGACUUGACGGCCUCAGGGACGGGAUGGGAUAUUUUGUGUUUUUUUUAACCUUUCAUAUUGCCCUACGCGUUAUAUAUAUGUCGGGUCGGAGUAUCGGAGCGAAUAUAAUGUAUAUGACUGUCUAAAACGAAUGCACUUUUGCGCGUGCGUCGUGAUAAAAUUUGCGUUUUUACUUCCAAGUAACUGAAAUUCCAUACUCAUCCAUCCAUCCAUCCAUCGUAUCUGAAGGGCAUUCUGCCAUAUUCAUCUAUAUAUCGUAUCUACAAAAUUCACAGCGAUAACAUCUACCCCAACAACGCCAACUUUUCCAUCUUGGUAAUAGUCGGCGCCUCGAGGAGUUUAUUCCGCGCGACCGCCCAGUCUUGCAACACGGCAUCGCCACCAGUAGCCUUCCACGUAUUCUCGCCAUCAUCAGCAUUUGUAGUUUGCUGUUGAGUAGCGGCAUUAAAGACAUCUGCAAUGGCAAUCUCACAUGCAGCAAUCACAUCUUCCAGCAAUGCCUCGACAUUACGUCCGCGCUCCAUCAUGUCGCGGCGCACACACGCCACCACAAGUCUCUCAACUUCGUCCUUUGUCUCUCGCACGCGCUCAAUGAGGCGGCGUACACUGUUGACCAGGUACUCUUCCUCGUAGACGGUGCCCUUGCGGCCGCGAGCGCGCUUCUUCUCCUCGCGCCUUCGGUUCUUGGACGUUGCGCGACUGACGCCUGUGCCUACGGUGCCAACGGAGCCGUCUUUACCUGUAUACCGCGUGAACAGACUGGCGCCAGUGCUGAUGCGCGAUGAAGCUGCGACGGAGAUGUCGUCAGGUACGUCGGCGCCGCCAGGACGCUCGCCUUCAUAGAAAGCCAGCGGGUCCUGUUCGGCCUUGAGCCGCAGCUCCUUGAUGCGCGGGACCUGUGCGCCGAGCUGGGCCUUGCAGUCGGCGAGGAACUCAGUCGUGCUGGAGAUUGCCUCUGCGAUGCCCGGGUCAACAGCAGAUGCGAGAAGGUCCGGGCGUGCGCGGAGAGACGUCAGGCGCAUGGCCUCUGCGAAGCGGUAGCCCUUGCAGAGGCAGCGGAUGGCGGCGUCGAGGGCAGCCAGGUGCUGGUCGUGGAUGGUCGCUGCUUCAGCGUACAUCUUGGACUCGUAGAGGGCCUCAGCCAUGGUGGACGCGAGGUCGGCAAAGGCGUCGGGUGUGAGCUUGGCCUGCUGCGCGGCAAACAGGCAUUCUUGCCAUGACGAGGAGCCGGCGGUGCGGUAGCACGACGUGGCUUUCUCGUAGUUCUUGAGGGAUUCGUAGGCAAGGCCUGCUUCGCGGAACUUGGAGGUGGCCUCGAGGUGUGCGGCGUAGAGGGCUGUGAGGGAUUGCUGGCGCGGGGUGUCGUAGCGGUAGAGUUGGAGGGCGGCGUGGUAGAGAGAGUGCUUGGUGGUGUAGUCACACAGCUCGUCAAAGGUAUCGAGCGUCUUGAGAUGGCCGAGGGCCUUUUCGCGACGGUUGAGGUGGUCGUCGAUCUCGAAGCUGCGGCGGAUGGGUGUGAGGGAGUGCAGGUGCUGCAUGAAGGGGAGGUAUUCGCGGGGGUCGCGCUGCGAUUGCUGCGCUACGAGGAGGGAGAGGUCGAGGUCGUAGAGGCCCAGGGCGGUCUCGUACAGACGGUUGACGUCAACCAGAAAACAGAUGUGUUCAACGGCCUUUUCGGCAAGCUUGGUAUCUUGGGAUUGUAGGGACGCAACGAGGCGCAGGCCGUCUUCGAGAGCGGGUGGGUUCUUGCAGACGUGGGCGGUGAUGAUGUUUUGGAGGUUGGUGGAAGACUUGGGUUGCAGGGCCUUGAGGAUGGCAUCGCAGACGGUGUUGAUCUUGGAGCCUUGGAUAGGUUCGGCUUCUUCGGGGGCUGUGGUGGUGGUGCGCUUGCGGGUAUCUUGGUACAUGGUUUGCGUUACAUCUUCCUCACUGGAGAGGGUUAGCGGGUUGGGUGGGCAGACGAAGAAGGGGUGGCUUACCGGAGAGAAGAGAGGAAGAGAUCAAUGUAGGAAAUGUCCUGGAGCUGGUCCAGGAAGAGGGAGACGUUUGCAAGAAACUGGCCAAGCUUGUAGUCGCACAGCAGGUUCAUGUCUACUCGUUGUGUGCGGCAGUAUGCAAAGGCACCCGCGUAAUCCUCGGCGUCAAUGAGCUUGCGGAUCGCAGCGAGAACCAUGGCGCGAGGGAAAAUAGUCUCAAGGUUACCGCGGGGCAUCUGGAGAAUGAUGCUGGCCUUUGUAGGAAUGGCCGUGACGAGGCGUGAGCCGCGUUCGACGCUGCGGCAUCGUUCGUCAGCCUCGGGGUCGUCUUCUGGUACUUCGAG